AUGUGCUCUGCUUUUACCGCAAUUCCUCUGCCAGAUGUCCCAAUAUUUGAUAACGCGCAAGAGUACUGUGUUCGGCUGGAACAGCUGACCAGGGCGGCGUACCCCGAAUCGUCGGAAAGGGAGUUUUCCAUUCUGCGUACCGGAGAGGUCAUUGCACAGCUCACUGAAUGGAUGGAAAGGAGUAGGGAAGUGGCACUGCACUUGAAGCAGGAGGCCACAAACAAGCCCAAACGAUGUCAGCGGGGACGACAAACGACACAGAGGCACGAGCACGUGGAUCAAACAAAAGUGAAAAAGGAGCGCCAAGAACACGUAGGACUGGAAAACCCCAACCAGAACAUGCAGCAGAACGGAAGGGACUGCAAGGGAAUCCCAAGGCCUCAGCACACGGCCGGACGGCCCAAGGUGCCUCAGGGAGGCAAGGGCAAAAGCGUUGCCGGUGCACGCGGAGCAAGGUCUUUCUCUACUGUACUACGGCACUGGGCAUGCACUAGAGUCGCAAAGAAGAACGCUAAUGACCUAGUAGGCAGUCAGACACUAGAAACGGAAAAGGGAUUCGGCGUAGACGGAAACGUGGAAGAGAUUCCGCAGAGGAAAUAUCUACCCGUCUAUGACGCUUCCGGCACUCUGAUGAAUUUCAGAGGCAUCAUUCGUCUUACUCUGGAAUUACGCAACGGACCUCGAUGCCGGGCUGCUUUCUUUGUUAUGAAAGGAGAUGGCAUGAUAGUGUUGGGGACAAACAUUCUACACGCACUCGGCUAUUCAAUCAGUAGAAAAGGCCAGCCGGGCCGAGAUGAAGGGAAGCGACCAAACCAUCAAGGAAUCGGUAGACGGCGUAACAAGCGUGCCAGAAAACCCGAUAGGACUAGAGAGCCGCGGCAGGCCAAAGUGGCCGCGUUUCUAAAGCACACCCAGCGAAACCAAGGGUUUGGAGCUAACAUCGUAACCGAUCACGCACAGGUAUUGCAGGUAUUGUGA